AUGAGGCUGACGGCGGUGCUCGGCAUCUCCCACGGGCGGUUGCGGCGCCGUUUGGGGUUCGGCCCGCGCUCGCGCCUCGACCUGCUGCGGAACCUCGUCACGGGCCUGGUGCGCCACGAGAGGAUCGAGACCACGCGCGCCCGCGCCGACGAGAUGCGCUUCUACGCCGAACAGCUGAUCGAGCACGCCAAGCGCGGCGACACGGACCCGCAGGCCAUGCGCCUGGCCGACUUCUGGCUGACGGAGAAGGACCUGCUGCCCAAGCUCUUCCAGGUGCUGGCGCCCCGCUUCGCGCCCCACCAGGGAGGCUACACGCGGAUGGUGCGGAUCCCCAAGAACGACAACCUGGACCGGGCCGAGAGGGCGGUGAUCGAGUACAAGGGCAACCCGCUGCCGCCGCUGCCGCUGCCCCGCCGGGACGGCGAGAAGACGCUGGUCAACCAGCUGCUGAAGGGCUACCGGGAGGAGCGGCGCCCCGCCGACGGCACGGCCGUGUAA